UGAGAGGAGAGAAACUAAGAGUCGGUGGUCACCUACACCCGCCGAGGAAGCGGAAACACUUGGCAGGGGCCAGAUUUACUUCGACGGUUACCUGCGGCCAUGCCUGGCUGAGUUCGUGGGUUUGGUAGUCUUCGUGUUCACCGGCUGUAUGGCGGUGCAAGAUUUACCGUCCGUCGUUUGCGUGGCCAUAGCACACGGACUGACCAUAGCCCUGUUGGUCGCAUCUUUCGGAGCAGUCAGCGGUGGCCACCUCAACCCAGCAGUCACCCUCGGUGUAUUCCUGUCUGGUGGAAUCAAACCUCUGCUGGCCAUGGCCUAUGUUGUGGCCCAGCUCCUCGGCAGUCUGGUCGGGGCCGGUUUGGUCCGGGCUGUAUUGCCCAGCACCACUUUUAAGGCUAUAGGAGGGGGCGCCCACAAUCUGGUCCAGGGAGUUGGGCCAGGCCAGGGGAUUGUCUGUGAGACUCUGCUCACCAUGACUCUCGUGCUCGCCGUCCUCAUGUGCGCUGUCGACACCGACAAGAACGUCCUCGCCCCGCUCGCCAUUGGAUUCGCCGUCACAGUCGACAUUUUGGCUGGGAUCAACGUCACUGGAGCUUCCAUGAAUCCAGCCAGAAGCUUCGGCCCUGCUGUCGUCGUGAGCAACGUAUCCAACGUCUGGUCGUAUCAUUAUGUGUAUUGGGUGGGCCCUCUUAUGGGUUCACUUUUAGCGACGCUACUGUACAGACUGUGCUUUGCUAAUCCUGAUAACCGCCUGGUUAUGAGAGGAACACCGCAGACAACUUACCAACGGUUUGAGUAAAGGAACACAUUGAAUGGAAGACAUUAUUGGUAUUUAUGUGCUAUAUUUGAAUGAAUCAAUCUAACCCUGAGGUACAAAUAAAACAUGACCUAUACUGAAAAUUUGGCACGACAAAUUGAGGACAGACUCUGCUGAAGCAUAUGGUUUUACAGCUAAGGAAGCAGUCGAUUCGCUAUCUGUAUAAUUUGACACAAGCUCAAGGGCAAAGACUGCCCCCGCUAGAAUCUGUAAUAAUAUUCUUACCUGACAACUCGUUUAACGCUCCCCCCCCCCCACCAUUGAAAUCAACAUAAAUGGCUGACGUAUUCUAUGUCCAUUCAGUUAAGACUGGGCUGGACAUUGCGUUAAAAGUCACCACCCCUCCUAAGCUUACUUCUGUAAACACAUGGCUGGGCUCAGUGGACUAAAAUUCAGCUCUGAUUAUCGUGUUGUUCAGCUUACUUUUCCAGACACAUGGCUGAGCUGGGUGGACUAAAAUUCAGCUCUGAUUGUCGUGUUGUUCAGCUUACUUUUCCAGACACAUAGCUGAGCUGGGUGGACUAAAAUUCAGCUCUGAUUGUCGUGUUGUUCAGCUUACUUUUCCAGACACAUGGCUGAGCUGGGUGGACUAAAAUUCAGCUCUGAUUGUCGUGUUGUUCAGCUUACUUUUCCAGACACAUGGUUGAGCUGGGUGGACUAAAAUUCAGCUCUGAUUGUCGUGUUGUUCAGCUUACUUUUCCAGACACAUGGCUGAGCUGGGUGGACUAAAAUUCAGCUCUGAUUGUCGUGUUGUUCAGCUUACUUUUCCAGACACAUAGCUGAGCUGGGUGGAAUAAAAUUCAGCUCUGAUUGUCGUGUUGUUCAGCUUACUUUUCCAGACACAUGGCUGAGCUGGGUGGACUAAAAUUCAGCUCUGAUUGUCGUGUUGUUCAGCUUAUUUUUCCAGACACAUAGCUGAGCUGGGUGGACUAAAAUUCAGCUCUGAUUGUCGUGUUGUUCAGCUUACUUUCCAAACACUUGGCUCCUCUGGUGAACUAAAGUUCAGCUUGGAUUGCACUAUAGUUCAGCAUAGCUUUCUAACUUUUCUGAACUACAGUGGAGCUCUAAUUACAAUGUAUUGUUCAGCGUCCUUCUCCAAAUACAUGACUGAAGUAGGUGUACUAAAAUUCAGCUUUGAUUGCUCUAUAGUUCAGCGUACUCCAAACUGAUCGUUGUUCUUGUGGACUAAACUUCAGCUCUGAUUGCACUAAAGUUCAGCUUACAUGGUUGGGUUGGGUGGACUUAAGUUCAGUUUUGGUUUCGCUAUAGUUUUUGCUUACUUUUAAAAACCGCAUGCGCUUCCCACGUGGCAGCAUUGGCUGUAGCCUUCAAAUUAGAUGAUAUUAGGUGACUGCUCAGGCUACAUAGUGUGAUCACAAAACCUUGGGACGAAACCAGAUCUUACCCUUUAGCCUCAUUCCUGAUCGAAGGUUCCAGCGCUUUUCAAUGGUACUUGAAGGUGAUAUUAGAUUGUGGCCCAAUGGCAACGAAGGAAAUCGACAGGUCAAUUUUUUUGAAAAUUAAUAUAGAGAUUAAGCUGCGCAUUAUCAGCCCCUACACUUGUUAACUUGACACGCUUUUAAAGCAACCCUGCACGACUGUAUUUAUUUUAUUGAUCCAAUCGGGAUCGUUAAUAAAACUG